UCUCCACGUCAGAGCUACAGAAAACCUUAAUGGACAGGUGACGCGCUCUGCAGCGACGCAGCCGCUGUUGCUCUCCUGUUCGCAGCCUGAGUGCGCUCAGGCUGGACUACCGCACCGCGAUCAGGUGGGGAGAUGUAGCUCAGCUUAAAUCGGACAGCCUUGACUGAAAAAACGACAUGAUUAUAGCACGGAGAGAAGAUGGUGUGGAUGAAAGACCCACAUAGGUGGAACAGAUCAGAACCGCCGCGAUGAGCACCUCCUUUCCGAAAUCUGAUUCCACAACCUCGCUACUCAAAUCAUCGAGGAGAUCGACACACCUCCCUGAUCAGACAUCAGAGAUCCAGAGAGGUCACCAUCAGCACCAGCACCACCACCGUCCCGUUGCGCUCCAGGGUAGCGGCGGCAAAACCGAUGAGUCUUUCUGGUCGGCCGAGGGCGACGUCAGCGCUCGGAGACCCCUGUGUCAUCCCUCUCUCGUCGGCAGCCAGGACGGGAGUACUCCAGCCACUCGGAGUAAGUGCAAGCCCCAUGCCCCCCUCAGCCAAGUUCCCGUUCAACCGGGACCAAACUGCGAGGCGGACCGAGGUGUGACCGAGCGGAGCCGUACUAACCCCAAGCCCUCACACCGUCACCACCACCACCACCGCAGGAAGCACCACCGAGGGGAUAAUCCAGAUAACCCCGCGCAUCCCUGUCACACGCAUACCCACAGGGCGCCAUCCCUUUCGGACAGCACCGACGACAGGGCCCCGCUGUGUGAACCGAGGGACCGUGAGAGGGGCAGUUUGGCCAGUGGCGGCGGUGGUCAGGUCAGCAGUCCAUCCCCGUCCUCCUGCUCCCCUGUCCCGCCGUCCAGCAGGCCGUCCCGCCGCUCCAGGAGGUCCAGCUCUGCUUCUUUUGCAUCUGACAUCAAUUUGAGGAGCGUCCUUAAUUCACUGUUCGGGCAGAUGCUCCAGGACGCUGAGAGGAGACUCAGACUUGUGCUGUCUUGUGAGGAAUCAGGGUAUCUCGGGCCGUAUCAGGACUCCAUUGUUUCCGUGUCACAAAACUGCGUUCUCGUAAGCAACAUACUGGGACAAACCCGUGUCUUCCUGGGCAAAGGCAUGGCAAAGUGCAGGCAGGCUGAUAGAGAGCUGCGGCCAGAAGAAAUGGAUGAGCUGCGAGAUGCUUUCAAGGAAUUUGACAAAGACAAGGAUGGCUUCAUAAGCUGUAAAGAUCUGGGAAACUGUAUGAGGACCAUGGGAUACAUGCCUACCGAAAUGGAGCUGAUAGAAUUGAGUCAACAGAUAAACAUGAACUUGGGAGGUCAUGUUGAUUUUGACGAUUUUGUGGAAUUAAUGGGCCCAAAACUUCUUGCUGAAACAGCAGACAUGAUUGGGAUAAAGGAGUUAAAAGAUGCAUUUAGGGAGUUUGACACAAAUGGGGAUGGUGCCAUAAGCACUACUGAGCUAAGAGAUGCAAUGAGGAAGUUACUGGGUCAACAAGUAGGUCUUAAAGAGGUAGAAGAUAUCCUAAGGGAUGUGGACUUAAAUGGUGACGGACUUGUUGACUUUGAAGAGUUCGUACGAAUGAUGUCUCGCUAAGAUCAGACAUUGGUCCUGAAUGUGAAGCUGUGUCCCACUUUACACCGAAACCAUGCCCAACUAAAGGACAAGCCAAGAUCCACUGAGCCAUCGAAAUCUAAACGACACUGGAAUUCAAACUCCUCGAAUGUCAAAGAGCGAGGGGGUCACCUCCCACUUUCAAUCAAUAAGUGUUCUUCCUUAAAACUUUUAAAGUUUAACUGAGGCAGAAUUUGCUGUAGCAUAGCUAACGAUUGUCUAAUUUAUGUUUUUGCACUUUAAUUCCCACUUAAUAACUUCCUGUGUGGAUAAAUUGUCGGUGUCCUGUCUCAAACUCUAUGUGGUGUGAUUAAGUGUCUUACAAAAUGUCACCUUCAGUGUUUCAUCGGAAUCACAAUGAGAGACUGAAUGUAGGGAAGACAAGACAUUAUUACUGUCAAAUGUUUAUAUAUUCACACACUGUCUGUUGUAUGAGAAAUGUACUUGAAUGUACUUUUGUGCACCAAUGGUGCUUCACCAAGAAAUCAAAGUGGCAAUACCACACCUGUAAUGUAACUUUGUGAUUAUGUGUAGUUUUUCAUUGUGCCAGACCUGUUCCAAUGAAAAAGCAUCACUGUCUGACAUCUGGCAGCAAAGGAAGAAAUCUGAUCCUAAUGAGAAGUAAAUCUCUAAAAUGUCUCCAUAUUUGUUAUUAACUGAGAUCAGCAAAGGAACAAGAAAGAAAAAAAGACUGUAAAAGAUGGGCAGCUUUUCUCAAAAGCUUAGAAAGUCCUCACCAACACUUACCAGCGGUGAUUUGCAGCAACACAGAACAUAUUAAGAUUGUCUCUUUUUGUGUUCAUGUCUGAAUUUACAAAAGGCUGAGAAAAAAGAAAUGACCGUUUUUGAAAGUCUGUUUAGGUCUGUAUGAGGUUACACAUUAGAAAUUACAAAUGUGAACUGUAUGUACAGUGGAUCUGAUCAUGUUGUACCUGCCACUGUCUUUAUGACUCAGUAUGUGCUAAUGUUACAUAAUGUUAUACAUCUGAGCUGUCAAAAAAAGUUUUAUGCAUGCCAAAGAGAGACAUUUACUACAUUUAGUAUGCACAAUUUUGUCUAUCAAAACAGGAAACAUAAUAUUUCAGCAAGUUAACCAUAGAAAAAUAAAAGGUGUUGACAUAUGA